UAUUUAUUUUGUCUAAACGCUGAAAAAAUUAAAACAAUACUAUAAAACACAAUUAUGUCUAAAUAAUAUUUCUAUGUGUAGCUACCAAUCAAAAGCUCCUCUAAAAUUUCCGUUACGAUUUUUCACAGUUGGACGUAACAAAAAAAUGCGUCAAUUUUUAGGAUUAGAAUCCACAGCAAGAUUUUAACAACGUUUUUUGAUACUAAUCUCUAAUUCAAUUAGGUUCUUAACCACGCCGCGCGGACCAUUCACUUUAUUAAGAGGAUUUGUUUCGUUUCUCACCUUGCUAAUCCCGAUCUGUAAAAAUGCAAAUAGUUCAAAUGUGUGCGGCACUCUGUGCUGCGCUGCCCAAAUUUGCGCUUGUCUGCAUUCCACCACUGCCACCGAGGAGAAACGCGCUCGCGCCACGCCAAGGACAAAGACGCGUUUCUUACUGACUGCUCCUCCCUGUUCUCUUUUGCAAAAAAAGACUUCAGCCACCAGAAAUGUGAAAUCCAUCUUAUUUACAUCUUGGACGGACCGUUCAGGGACUGCAGGGUUAAACAACCCAACCGUGGCCACCAGCUUUACGCAUGACUUCUCGGUGCUUAACCUCCCUCCUGCCAGUUCUGCAUGGUCAUGACCUGUCAUCACGCCCUGUCCACAGCCCACCUUAUUCUAUUGGUCCUGCUCAUUUUCACUCCACAGCUGGCUGGCACCGCCCCUGCGUGGGGCGAGGGAGGGGAGGCUCGGGUGGAGGGGCGCACCCGGACAGACCGCAAAGAGGACAGCCUCGCCCCCUUCCUUUCGCCGCCUUCCUCCAGCCCUGACAACACGUCGCGGGACCAGGGCAGGAACCCGGGUCAAGGCGGCCAAUCGAAUAAAGCGACGGGCCCCGCGCAGGUGCUCGCGGUUCUUUUGGAGGCCCUGGACCACCCGGCGGAGGGCGCCGUCCAAACGAGCAGGGACAGAGACUGGGGGGAGGAUGGGAGUCGGGAGCUGCCCUCCGCUGACGUCUCCCAGGGCGGUGAGAUAAGAAGAGCAGGGCAGGCGGAGGGAGAGGGGGGGGCGGAGGGGGAGGGGGAGGGGCGCGGGGCCGAUAAGGCGAUUGCACAGCUAAUUGUAGGCCAUUUGACAGCUGCUCAGGGUGACGACUUAAAGGAGAGGGAAGAGGAGGACAAAAGCACAAGGUCAGAGGCUGAUCCAGGGUGGUCGGUGGAGGAUGCUGGACCCGAUAGCGCCAGCGAGCGGGGUGGGAGGACGGGGGCGGAGGAGGGGGGGGGGUUACAAAGUUUCCUAGCCAAAGCCCGAUCCGGUUUCACCUCGCAGGGAGACGAUCCGUCUCUGCAGCGCAAAACACGCGGCUACUUCCAGAACAUCGACUUGGGUCUCCAAGACAACGAGAUCCUGCCUCCGCUGAAGGGCUACAAGGCGUACAACACUCAGCUGGCGCGCGCCGGCAAGAAGCAGCACUGGCAGCAGAACCCGUCCAGCAGCCGGCCCGUCAAGGGGGGCAACUUCAUGGACGACUUCGAGGACGACGGCGAGGAGCUGGAGGAGAUCGAGGAGGAGGAGGAGAACCUCUCCCGCGCGGAGGAGGAGGCGAGGGCGCGCGCCGAGAAGCAGGAGGUGCUCCGGCAGCAGGAGGAGGCGGAGCGGGCCCGCGAGGAGGAGCAGAAGCUGGCGGACAUCGCCUCCGACAUGCUGCUGCAGUACAUGGGCCGGAAGCAGCAGUCCUACAUGAGGCCGCGGCAGAAGAGCAGCGGCGGCGGCGGCGGCGGCGGCGGCGGCGGCGGCGCCGCCGAGGACAAGCGCUCCGAGGAGAUCCUGGCCGACGAGGACGACCUGGACCAGCAGAUGAUCGACAGGCUGAUCGAGAUCAGCAGCAAGCUGCACCUGCCCGCCGACGACGUCGUGGAGAUCAUCAGCGACGUGGAGGAGAAGAAGAAGAAGAGGAAAGAGCUGCAGCAGCAGCCCGUCAACGGCAGCCCCGUCGCCCCCCGGUUCAGACCUCUGGUACCCCCUCCCCUGGCUGCGCCCCCCAUUUACCACUACACCGCCUCAAAAAACCCCAAGAAGGCCCCCUAUAAGUACAACAAGUCCAACAAGAAGUGGCACAAGGACAAGGUCAAGUCAUACAAGCAGGACUACUGGUAUAAGCCCCAGAAGCAGCUUGACUACUGGUACAAACCCCAGAAGCAGUUUCUGGCCUUCCCCUCGUACCCGUACUACCAGAAGCCAUAUCGGGCCUACUACCCUGUUUAUUUCCCGUACCCCAAACCGCAGUACUAUGGCAAGGCCGCCCCAUCCAGAGAUCAGCUGUUUGGCCCCCAGGAACUGGACCUUCAGGCCCCAAGGCGCAAACACAGGGCCGGGGGCAAGAACCGCGGACAGGGCUGGAGGCAGCAGCCGGCGCCUCGCCUGCCCCUCACCCCUUAUAUCUCUAACUAUAUCCUUCCUCACCCACGGACCUACCAGCCCCUACCUCCCCCCAAACCCAUCAACACCCCCAGGAGAGGCAGGCAGCCCCCUUACUACUACCCACAGUUCACACCGGCGGAUGACUAUGAGGAAGACGGGCUGGUGCCUCAGCUGGACAGUGAGGAGGAACUGGAAAACUUUAUUGAGCGGAUCUACAUGAAGCGCAGAAUGUAUUGAGAGACUUUUUGGACAUUCGUCAAAGCAGAGAGACUGACUGAAAUGGGAGAUAUAUACAGUAAAAGAGAGAGGAGAAAAAAGACUCAGAGGAGAAAUGUGUUUUGAGCCUGAUGGAAACUUAAGGGUCAAGAACUAAAAAGUUAGAUUUCUGUUGUUUUAAUCACUGUAAUUUUCUUGAUUUCCUCGGUCAGGGAGAGGAUGAAGGGGUCCCAGUUCAAGCUCCCUGUUACCUUGUUCAGCCUCUUGCUCAGUUUACAUUUUGAAACAGAACAUACCACGGUGUGUGUGUCUGCCUCCAUUCAGGUCGAUCUCUGAUGCUCGUGCAUCCAUCAGAGAUUUCUCCGCGGACGCGUGCGCGCACGCAUGCAAACGCACGCACAAACACACAUCUGCAUACAGCGCGACCACAUGUCUGACACAUUCACACGUGCCCAUUGUAAGAGGACCAUGUUUACAGCUCCACUUUGUACCUUUUAGUUCCUUUUUUGAAUUCUGUACGUCAUAUUACAAAACGACUUCUUAGCGACACAAACGGGAAAAAAAAACGAACAUGCUGUUGUCAGACGUUGAUCGUAUAGUUUUUCUGUAUUUGAUGUGUGUAGUUGCCUUUUGUUGUUUUUUAAAUUCCCAAUUGGAUUAACUUCAAACAGCUGCGAUUUGUAAAGGUGCCAAAUACACACGUUUCAGUUUUUGAAAGUCAAGAUUGAGAUUUUUGCCUUACAAACACCAUGGUUCUACAAGGGAAACAUCAUGAUGCAUAAUAUGAUCACCACAAACGAUCCCAGUGUAGAAACCCUGCGGACGCCAAAAGCACAAACUUAAACACUAAACACUUCCAACCUGGUGGACUAAGGGUUUUCAAUCAUUAUGGGAUCCAGAGGUUAUUGUGUCAACAUGCAGCAGAUUGAGCAUCACCACCAACACAUAGUACUUGAUCCUUUAGGCGGUCUCAUUGUUCGCCAGCUUAUUUUGUGUCUUCAGGUGUUCCUUGAACCAUAUCCAUAAGCUCGAUUUUCCCUUUCUUUCCAAAAGAACAAAAAAAUACUUGAAAUCACAAACAUCUGUUCUGCAGCCUUUUCAAAACAGAUUUCCAACCAAGAGGCUACAAACAUUUUGUUCAUUUUCAGAAGAAAUCCAUUGAAGAGUUUCAGGCCGGGGAGUCAGGGAUUGCGCUUAAACCGUUAAAUGCACGUCUUUCUACUUGCAUCUUAAAAAAUGAAAAAAAAAAUGAACAAAAAAAGGGAAAAAAUAAAACAGUGUGGAGAAUCCGCGGUGGUUGUUUUCUCUGAAUAAACUGUGAACAUAAAAAAAAGAAACCUUAAGGAAGAGGGCCACUGUGACAGUGAAGCCAUCUGUCUUGUAAAAGGAGAGUGUUGUUGUUGAUGUCACCUUUAGCAUUGUAAGAUGUACAGUGUGAAAUAAAUAUGCCCGUGCAAUGUGUAAAUAACAGCAUGAUGAUUACUAGUUUUGCUAUAUGAUAACAAAUAAAAGCAAUUAUUUUAUUAAA